AUGUUCUCUGGAGCUCUGCUGCUGCUGCUGGCUGCUGGAUCCUGUGAGUCUCACUGAGACAGACACACUGACAGUCUGAUCCUAACACUCUGACUCUGAAUACACUGAUUCAAUAUUCAACAUCUUUUCCUCCACAGGUGUGAAGUGUGAACAGAUGACUCAGCCAGCCACUGUGACUGUGCAGCCAGGUCAACGUCUGACCCUCACCUGUCAGGUCUCUUAUUCUGUUGACACCUACUGGACAGCCUGGAUGAGACAGCCUGAGGGGGAAGGACUGGAGUGGGUUCUCUAUGGAUGUCAAGGAUACAGCACAUACUACAAAGAUUCACUGAAGAACAAAUUUGAUAUCAACUUUGAUAUGUCCAGAAUGACAGCGACUCUAAACGGACAGAACAUGCAGACUGGAGACUCUGCUGUUUAUUACUGUGCCAGAGACCCACAACAACACAAACCAUCUGUAGAGCUGAACAAAAACCCCUCAGAGCCUGAACACCUGUGA